AUCGACUUUGCUCAGAGCCAGACAAAGUCCUAGGGACCAGGCCAUUCCGAUCCCGCUCCAGGUGCGCCCCUCCACAUGGCUCCGCCAGCCGCCGUAGCCGUCGUGCUGGGCGACGACCUCCUCCGCGAGGUCUUCAUCCGCCUCCCCUCCCCGGAGGACCUCCUCCGCUCCGCCACCGCCUGCAAGGAAUUCCUCCGCGUCGCCCGCAGCGGCCCCUUCCUCCGCCGCUUCCGCCGCCUCCACCCCUCCUCCUGCCCGCGCCUCCUCGGCUGCCUCCUCCUCCCCGCCGGCCGCCGCCGCACCCCUCACCUCCUCCCCUCCUCCUCCGCAGCCGCGGCCGACCGCGGCGGCGACUUCGCCCUCUCCUUCCUCCCCGGCGGCUGGCUGGGCUCCUGCUGGUUUGGCAACGCCGCGUGGCAGUUUCUGGACUGCCGCAACGGCCGCCUCCUCCUCAAGAAUCUCGUGUCGCAAGAACUCGCCGUCGCCGACCCGAUGGCCCGCCGCUGCGUCGCCCUCCCAGCGCCCCCCGCUGAGCGCGCCGUCGGGUACGGCCUCGUCGCCAACGACGGCGACUCGUCGGAGUUCCGGGUGGUCUGUGUUCUGCGAAAAGUCGUCUCGCGCGAGCUGCGCGCACUGGUCCUGUCCUCCGGCGAGCUCUCCUGGACCGACGUUGCGGGCCUCGCGUGCCAGCCCGAUCUUGCCGCCCCCAGAGCAAUGCAGGCGAACCGGUCGCUGUACUGGAGGCUCGAGGGCGAGGAGCGCAUGGUGGCCUUUAGCAUGGUGACCAUGGAAUUCUCACUGCUGCAGCUCCCACCAUCCUUGCGGCAGCUAAGCUUCGAAGUCAUCGAGAAGGGGGAGCAAGAUGGCAAUGUGCUCCACCUGCUCACCAUGAGCGGCUUCAGCAUCCAUGUGUGGGCUGGUCUGGGGGACAGUGAUGGUGGGAUCGUAUGGAGGCGGGUGGAGAAGUCGGUGAGGUUCCACAAGCUGCUGGCGCAGAUGACCAAUCCUUCGGUGGAGUCAUACCAGCAUGAGCUAGAGAUCAUCGGGGUGGCUGCCGGCGUUGUGUUCUUGCGGCAGUGGGAUCAUUUAUUCUCCAUUGAUCUGGGAACUAUGAAGCUCAGGAUGUUGUCCGAUGAGGAUUGCUCGGAGGCGCUGAUCUAUCCUUACACGAUCGCGUGGCCGCCUUCUUUCUUGAAUCCUGCUGAAUAAGGCCCUUAAUGAAAUGGUGAACUAGUCAGUGGAAUGUGAUGCUAAGCUCCAGCACACGACGAUGGGUAAGAUGUUUUGGCCGAGGCGAUGAUGGAAAAGGAAGAAACUUGGCUAUCCGGAUGAAGUCUUGGGGAUUGUCAGUUGUCACUGCUCAACUGCUCUAGUUACGCUUGCAAGUUUGGCCCUAUAUUCGCUUUCUGGGUUGGUAAAAUGUUCUGUAAAAUUGUGUCUGUGGUUGCUCUAGUACUCUCAAGAGUAUAAUUCCCCUGGGAAAUGUUGUGUUUAGUGUGUUUAACUAAAGCUUGGCAGAAGCAUCAUACUGCUCAUAUGAUUAUAUUGUGCCGAUUUAUGUAUCACUUCGUACUGCUCAUAUAAUUAAUUAAUUAUAUUUGCUUAUCCUCUUGGAUGGCCAGUAAAAA